GACUUCGGGCCCGCGGCUGCGCGCUCGCUGCCAUGGGCAGCCCCGCUUGGGGCGGCACAGCACCCCCGGCGCUCGGCAGCGGCACGGCGCCCCGCCGGCAGCUCCUGCGCCUGGGCGGCCACGGGCUCGCCGCAGUGUCCGGGCGGCCUGAGGCACCGGGGCGCGUCCGCACGCUCCCUCCAGGGGAGAGCGUGUUUGGGUGUGAAUUACCGUAGCUUGCAUACUGACCAGCACUUGUACAGCUCGACAGGUAGCAGCCCGUUUCCUGGCUUUCCGUCCCUAAUGGCGCUCAACAGUGCUGGGGGACGUGCCUGGGAGACCGGGCUUUUGCAGUGAAGCUAUAAACAUGAAGAAAUUGAAGCUUAAAGAACUGGAAAGCUGUCUUCAACAAGUUGAUACUUUUGAAAGCCCAAAACUACUCCUGGAGCAGUAUCCAACAAGCCCUCAUAUCGCAGCACGUAUGCUUUAUACAAUUCACAAUACGUUUGAUGAUAUUGAAAACAAAACAAUUGCAGAUUUAGGAUGUGGUUGUGGCAUGCUCAGCAUUGGUAGUGCAAUGUUAGGAGCAGGAUUGUGUGUGGGGUUUGACAUUGAUGCAGAUGCACUGCAAAUAUUUAAUAGCAAUAUUGAAGACUUUGAGCUCACGAAUGUCAACAUGGUUCAGUGUGAUGUCUGUUCUUUUUCUGACGCCAUGUCAGAGACUUUUGACACAGUUAUUAUGAACCCUCCGUUUGGUACCAAGCAUAAUAAAGGAAUGGAUAUGAUUUUUCUGAAAACUGCUUUACAAAUGGCAAAAACAGCUGUAUAUUCCCUUCACAAAACUUCAACGCGGCAGCACAUUCAAAAGAAAGCAGACGAAUGGGAAGUGAAGAUGGAAGUCAUAGCAGAACUUAGAUAUGACUUACCAGCAUCAUACAAGUUCCAUAAGAAGAAAUCAGUUGACAUUGAAGUGGAUUUCAUUAGAUUUUCUGCCAAGAAACUUCUGAACUGAAGCAUGACUUUAAAACCUAUUGAAAAUGGAACAAUAAAAACAAUCUGGUUUUAUUUUUGUA